GCGGUGAUGUCACAAGGUCCCUGCUUGGGAGCUGUGGGAAGGGGAGAGAGUCGGCAGUGACUCACCCUGCUGCUGCUGGAGCGGACUGAGAGGCAAACUUAACCCGGGCAAGGCAUUUUCUGUUUGGGUGGGAGAUGCAGCCGGCUUUCUGGCUGACAUAAGCUCUGGCAGCCGCGGGGAGACCGACUUGGUAGGAGAAUGAAGGAAAAGCUGCACUGCUGCCUUCUCCUUGCUGUGGUUUUCUGCUGGGUGCCAAGUCCCACCAAGACUCAAGAUUCCCCAGGAUUCUUUCAGAACCUGCAAUGCUUCACACACAAUCUAGAGACUCUCGUCUGCUCCUGGGAUACACCAAACGCUACCAAAUCAGAUAUUCUCUAUCAGAUUUGCUAUAGCGCUUCUAAGCCUCCUUCAUGUUUCAAUACCAGCAAAAGUGCGCUGGAAGUGGAGUUUGAAACGAUUGCGCCGUUGAGGAUAACUAUAAAAGCUAGCAAUGUUCAGGGAACUCCCGAAAUAACAUUUCAGAAAACUAUGCAAGAUAUUCCCUUUAUUCCCCCCGCACCAGAGAUUCUCUCGGUUGUGCCUGAUCACCAGACGGAUACACUGCUCAUACAAUGGAGCGUGGACAACGCCACCCUUCUAAGCGAAGUUGAAGUCCUGUGUGAGAUACUUAUUCUACGCAGUGAGAACAUGGAUAUUGUCAGUAACGCAACAUGGAAGAAACGUUGGACUCCGAGUGACACCGCAUUCUACUGGAACUGGACGUCGGAUUUUCCCCUGCUUUGUACAUCGCAUUCUGUGCAAAUCCGAUGCCUUAUUAAUGAUCAGUAUUACUAUGGGGAGAAAGGCUGGAGCAACUGGAGUCGUCCAUAUACUGUAUAUGGCAGCACAGAAGAAAAGGCUUAUCCCACUGACAAAGUGGUCCCUGUCGGCACCAACAUGACGUUCUGCUGCACGGUGCAGAGCGGCACUAAGAUAAUGUCUGCCGAAUUGGGCAAUGACAGAUAUCCACUAAUCCCUCUGAGCAGCAACAGCAGUGCCGUUCGCAUCCAGAACAUGACAAUGUCGGAGGAGAGUGGGGAUAACUUGAUCUUCUACACAGACGUACUUUAUGUUGGAACUGUGGUCUUUGUAGGAUACCCUCCAGAUAUACCCCAGAACCUCAGUUGUGAAACAAUGAAUCUCAGGCAAAUCGGGUGCCAGUGGAACCCUGGAAGGAUAACAGGAUUGUAUGGAGAGCGAGAAACAAUAUAUACACUACGUGAAAGCUACUCAGGGAAGUUAUGUGUCGCUUGUGAUAACACCGAGGAGCAGUACAGCUGUAAGUGCGACGUCUCCAAAGGCCAGAGCUUGUAUGCAUUUAGUCUGCAAGCCCAGAAUCCUUUGGGGAAGUCUCAAGCGUCUCUUUCCUUCAACGUCACAUAUCGAGUGCAUCCUAAAGCCCCAGAGAACAUCAAAUUAGUGGAUAUCAGCCCUACAGAAGUUUCACUUACUUGGUUUUUGGAUGGAAACUUUGUCUCUCUAAAACUCAUAUGUGAAAUUGAAGUGAGGACAUCCAACAAGGAGAAGGAAAUGCGCAACACUACAGUUAUUGGAUCAGAAGACGGAAAUUACAGCUACAUUAUAGACAAUCUCCAUCCUUUCUACCAGUAUGAUGUCCGCAUUCGCUGUGCUACAUUGGAUCCGUUUUGGAAGUGGAGCAACUGGAGAGCCGUGAAGGGACAUAUCACUCUUCCAGCAGCUCCUGCAAACAAUCUGGAUAUAUGGUUAGUGAAUGGCAGGCAUCUUGGGGGUCGAACUGUAACAGUCUACUGGAAGCAUUUACCUAUCAAUGAAGCCAACGGAAAGAUACAUUCCUAUAUGGUAUCAUGGAAGCCGAUCGGCAGCCACUCGGAACCUCAAACUAUUGUAUUGGCAGCGUUUCACAACAGGACACAGAUUCAGCUUGACAGCGGUGAUGAUGGGAAUUAUGAAAUUACCGUAGUGGCCAAUAACUCUGCAGGAUUAUCCCCACCUUCAAGGAUAACAACUGUGCAACUGGCAAGUGAAGAUGCUACUGCUGAGCUGGCAGUUGGAAACGCAGAAGGAAUUAACAUCACCUGGCAGUCUGAUGCAAAUGCCACUUGCGGCUAUAUCGUGCAGUGGAAGCCAACCUCUCCAUUGGACACCUCUGCGAUGAGGUGGAAACGCUUUCAUACAAAUGCGUCCAGCUGUUUCAUUAGUGCAGACCAGUUUCCUGUUGGUGUGAGGUAUAACAUAACCGUAUUCUCCUGCAGUGAAGGUCAGCACCAGCAACUAAAGAGAGUGACUGGCUAUACAGAAGAGCUAGCACCGAGAGUAGCACCAAAUUUUACUGUACUGGAAACCACUUCAAACUCCAUCUGUGUGAAAUGGGAGGGGAUCCCAGAGGAGGAUCUACGAGGGUUCCUGCGUGGCUACGUUGUGUAUAUUGUGAAGCAGGAAAACACCACGUCUGCUUCCAGCUUCAUAGAUAUUGCUGAUCACGCAGAUCCCAAAAAUAAAAAGAUCAACAUCACUAACCCAGAGAUCAGCAUGCUGAAGAUAAAAGACCUGCAGAGUGGAACAAGCUAUCGCUUGGGGCUGCUGGCCUACACCGGUGCUGGAAAUGGACCCAUUAAAUCUUCCAAUGUAGUGACUAAUGACAAUGCUCUUGGUCUCAUCCUUGCCAUCCUCAUCCCAAUCGUGGUGGCCGUUGUUCUUGGUAUAGUGGCAAGCACUAUAUGUUACCAGAAGAGGGAAUGGAUCAAGGAAACAUUUUAUCCAGAUAUUCCCAAUCCAGAGAACAGUAAGGCUCUGCAGUUCCAGAAGAAUGUCAAUGAGGCCAACCAAGGUAUAAAAACGAUGGAAAUGAACCCCUGCACACCCAAUAAUGUGGAAGUGGUGGAAACCUUCUCAACAGUCCCAAAGAUUCUGGAUACAGAACUGCACUCUCCAGUGACUGAGGAUCCAAAUGGUCAGACUCCAGAGGAGGACUUUGACACAGAAGAUGAAAAUCAUGUUGUUGUGUCUUAUUGCCCACCCUCUACCAAUGAGGACACAGGGAACCUAGCUUCAGAUGAAUCUGCAUCCUCCUCCCAAGUUGUAUACAUUGAUAUCCAAUCUAUGUACCAGCCACAGGCAAAUUCUGAAGAAGAACCCGACGGGAACUGUAUAGAUAGCGCGGGCUACAAGCCACAGAUGCAGCUAGCAAUUAACACUGUGAAUAUGGAGCAGCAGCCUCUUGCAGAAGAGGGUUUUGCUGCCGGUUAUAGGCCUCAGGAAAAUCCAAGCACUUGGGCUGUUGGUUCCGCUGACUCCCCAACCUCUUUGGGUAGUAAUAGUGAAAAUGCUUCCUUUGGAAGCCCUUGUUCCAUUACCUCCAGACAUUUCCUCAUUCCUCCUGUGGAUGAUAAAGACAACCUAAAACCCACCCAUGUAGGAUGGUCCUUAUCAUCCCUUUUCCAGAACAAGCAAGAAGAGUGAAUGUGGAAUCUAAAGACACGAUUGUCAUUCAGGUCACUAUUGAAGGACGUGCCUCUUUUAAUGAUAAGCAGGAAGCGACGGUCUUCUAACUGCGCGGAAACGGGUCUUUUUUCUCACAAAUCCAUCCCUAAAGGGCAUCUGUGAACACUAAACGUCUAUCAUAUGCUUGCCAGUAGCGGUCACAGAUGUGUGGGUGGUUCUUUAGAUGGGUUUAAACAUCAUCCACGCUCAGUACUGGUCCAUCAAUGAGAAUGAGACAUUAGCCCUAGUGGGCUUCUAGUUUAUGUUACGCUUUGGUCUGUAUUUCCUCAUUUUGGAUAGUCACUUUUUUUUUCUGUGAAAAUGGAAUGGGUCUUCCUGGUUUGUGAUCAGGGCAUUGAAUGUAUUUGGUUCUGUUUUCUUUGUAAGAAACACUACUUUGGUUUUAUUAAGCAAUUAUCGCAAUUGUGCGCAAAUUCAGUGGAUCAGUGUCACCUAAUAGAACAGGGAAAGGUGACAGGUGCAACUAGAGGUGGCAGUCUCCAAGCCAAGUUGGGGCUGCUGGGGGUUGACGUUUGACAACAACAAGAAUGUAGUAGAGGUGACCAGCACCUGAUAUUGUCGGCUCAAUGAGCUUUUUUUUUUUUUUUUAAAUAGUUUAUAGGGUUGUUUUUUUAUUUUAUUUGUGUCGCAUCUGAAUUUUAUAAGCAAAGCAGCAUUAGGCCAUAGAAAAUGUGGCAAUAUCAUCUGAUUAUCUUCGGUUUUCUCAUACACUGGACAGUUUUAAAGCAGGGAUCCCCAACCUUUUUUUACUUGUGAGCCACAUGCAGAUGUAAAAAGUGUUGGUGAGCCUCACAAGCAUGAAAAGUUUCUUGGGGUGCCAAAUCAGGGCUGUGAUUGGCUAUUUGGUAGCCCCAUGUGGACUGCUGGCCUGCAGGAGGCUCUGCUUGGAGUAAAACUGUGUCUCUGGGCUUCCAAAACUUGUCUCCAAGCCACUAAUGUAAAAAUUGGCACCUUCUUUGAGGCCACUGGGAGCAACACCAAAGGGGUGGGGAGCAACAUGUUACAUACGAGCCACUGGUUGGGGAUCACUGAUUUAAACCUUCAUAUGGUUGCUUUUCAAACCAAUGAAAAAGAACUGAAAGUGACAUUCAAAAAGUGAUACAAUAAAACUAAACUAAAAAAUGGAAAGCAUUAGGUAAAUACCCUAUCAUGAUGGGCAUACUGUAACCCCAGUGAAUAAGACAAGUGGUGACCAACUACACAGUUUCAGGUGUUGUUAAACUGCUUGUUUCGGCUUCUGGCUGAUGAUGGGAGUUGUAGUGCAAGAGCAUCAGGAGGGUUACUGUUGGCACUUGCCUUGAACUAAGAAGGAAAAGUAGGUGCCAAGUUGUUAGGCAUCCCCAAGUGAUUCUAGUUGUUUAUUUCCUACAUUAGGCUGGAUCUCCUCUUCAUAUAACAGAAGACAAAACGCAUCUACAUAGAUCAUUGAAGGGUAUGUUAAACAUAGGUCUGUGGCGCCUCUUUAAAUCUGUCUUCUCCUUUGAAUUUAUUUAGCCAUGUAGGACAGAUUUUGAUGUCUAUAUACUGCACUCAGUGGCAGAGUUAGCCUUUCCCUAGAUGUGUUGGUAAGCUAAGUGAUCAGCGGCACCAAAAGCCGAUUUGUAGAUUGUCUUUCCAACAUCUGCAAAUACCAUAAUUCUUUGCAGCAGUAGUUCUAGUUUGUAUAAGAUAGACCCAUGGAUGGCAACUGACCCCUAAAGGGAUACUGUGACCAGAAGAAAAACAGAUGCCUGACAACAAUGUAUUUAGUGUAAAUAGUUUUGGAAAUAAUGGCAUAAUGUUCUGUAAAAAAACUCUUGGCCCUUUGGAUGCUUACAUGGUGUCAUUUCUGUUUCCUCUCUGGCAAACAACAUUGGUCCUGUCCUGCCAAAUGGCAGGGGUUCUAGAUAUACACUCAGGUUUCGAGCCAGUGUCCCCCAAAACAAAGUAAGAGCUGUUAUCCUUUAUGUGAAAAAGGCUCGAUCAUAUUGCCUAUACUGCUGCUUGGAGAUGCGUGGGGCUGCAUGUGGUGCUGAUCAAAAUGGCCGCUACCACCUAGUAUUUGGUUCAGUUCAUUAGAAUGUGAAGUGUCAGGGGCCUUCUGACGGCAGCUAUGAGCUCUCAAAACAUACCUAGCAGCUCUUAAGAAAGGGCAAGUAGGGUAGAUGCCAUUGACCCCCUCCUCAUUAGAACCCCAGCAAAGAAAAUACCCUUCUGCUAAUUAUAUGUUAUACCAUUGUGUUGUAUUUGUUAGGUUCUAUAAGUAUUCACAUCAUGAUUUCUUACUUGUGGCCUAGUUGGUUCCUGUACUACCAGGGGUCCCACUGUUAUGUGAAUGAGGCCAGGUGGAUGGCCAGGAUUUCUUUGUGGCAUUGCUGCUAAAAUUGCCUGGUAUUUUGGGAUUUGUGUAUGUUUUGGCCUAUGGAGUCGGUCAUAUGUAAGACAAUUAGCCACCUUCAUCAAACCAUGAUAUGCACUUGGGUUUAACCAAACGGGUUUUCUUGGCUA